CUCCCCUAGCCUGUGACGUCCACCACUGCAAACAUUUGCUGCCUGCCAGCCUACCUGCAGACCCCCUCCUCUCUGUCACGAUGACCCGCACCCUCUGCUUGAGCUCCCUCCUCCUCCUCCUGCUGUCCCUCUCCUGCCCCGCACGCGCUGAACCCCGCCGGACCACGUCCUCUCAGCGCAGGGCGCCGCGCGCACCAGCCGUCAAGGUGCGUUUGGCGAGCAACUACGCGCGAGAGCCGCACGAAGGGCGCGUGGAGGUGCUGCACAACAACACGUGGGGGACCGUCUGCGACGAUGAAGUGGACAUCAAGCUGGCCAACGUGGUGUGCCGAGAGCUGGGCUUCCAGAGCGGUGUGACGUGGGCACACAGCGCCAAGUAUGGAGAAGGAGUGGGCCCGAUAUGGAUGGAUAACGUACGCUGUGACGGCACAGAGAAGUCCUUGAAGGACUGCAAACACAACGGUUGGGGCGUGAAUGACUGUAAACACUCUGAAGAUUUGGGGGUGGUGUGCACUGUUGAGCGCAGGCAGGAUCUCACAGCCAGUCGAGGUUACACCACUGCCUUCAGGCCCAGUGGCAGCACCGCGCCUCAAUGGCAGGGCCAAGUGGCGACCCGCAGGCACCCAGGAUAUGGCUAUUAUGGAAACGGACAUCAAGACAUCCCCAGGUUCCAAAGACACCACCAGGGUCACAGUAAGGUGCAAAUCGAGGAGGUCCGUCUUCGUCCCAUCCUCAUGGCCACCAAGAGGAAGAGCCUGAUCACAGAAGGUGUGGUGGAAGUGAGGCAUGCAGGGAGAUGGCGGCAGGUUUGUGACCUGGGCUGGAGUCUCAACAGCAGCCGAGUUGUGUGCGGGAUGCUUGGCUUUCCGGAGGCUACUCAGCACAAUGUCAAAACAUACAAGAAAAUUUGGGAUACCAAGGUUGCAGAUCCUUCAACAAGACUGAGCCUCAUGGCAAAGAAGAAGGGAUUCUGGGUAGAGAAAGUUCACUGUCUGGGCAGUGAGAACAGCCUGUCAGAGUGCAUUGCUCAGCUGUCAAUCCCCCGCAGUCCCUCUCCCUGUAAGAACGGGAGACAUGCAGUCGUCAAGUGUGUGCCAGGACCUCAGUUUGCUCGCAUCUCCUCAGGCAGACCCCAGGCCCCCUAUCCAGCUGUGCCUGUGCGUCUGAAGGCUGGCCCCAGGCUGGGCGAGGGCCGUGUGGAGGUGCUCCGAGACGGAAAAUGGGGGACCAUCGUGGACCACAUGUGGGAUAGAACUGCAGCCAGUGUGGUGUGCAGAGAACUGGGCUUUGGUACUGCCAAGGAUGCCCUGCAUGGAGCCUUCAUGGGUCAAGGCACAGGACCGAUCCAUAUGAACAGUGUACAGUGUAUGGGGACAGAGCGCUCCAUCCUAGACUGCUACUACCAGGAAGUUCCAUUGUGGACGUUCAAACACAGCCAGGACGCCUCAGUACGCUGUAAUGUCCCUAAAACCGGCAUAGAGAACACGGUGCGGCUUGUUGGAGGUAGAGUCCCGUCAGAAGGCCGUGUGGAAGUGUUGAUGGAGGUUGGGGGUCGUAAGCGCUGGGGCUCUGUCUGUAGUGAGAACUGGGGCAUCAACGAGGCCAUGGUGUUAUGCAGACAGCUCGGCCUGGGCUUUGCAGCCAGCGCUCAUCAGGAGACCUGGUACUGGCCAGGUGACUCAUCUGCAGGUGAUGUGAUUCUUAGUGGAACUCACUGUGUGGGCACAGAGCUUUCAAUUCAACAGUGUCGCCGCAACAACCAUGUUCAUUGUCCUCGAGGAGGCGGAACUAAGGCUGCUGGGGUCAGCUGUUCAGACACGGCACCUGACCUCGUUUUGGAUUCCCAGCUGGUCCAGGAGACAGCCUACCUGGAGGACCGACCGCUCCACUUGCUGACCUGCGCCAACGAGGAGAACUGUCUGUCCUCGUCUGCUGCCAGGAUGAACUGGCCUUAUGGACACAGACGCCUGCUGCGCUUCUCCUCCCGCAUCAUGAACCUGGGUCGAUCUGACUUUAGACCCAAAGCAACAAGAGAGAGUUGGACAUGGCACCAGUGUCACAGGCACUACCACAGUAUCGAGGUGUUCACACAUUACGACCUGCUGACUCUGAAUGGCACGAAGGUUGCCGAGGGACACAAGGCCAGUUUCUGUCUGGAGGACACGUACUGCCCCGACGGACUCCAGAAGCGCUUCUCCUGCUAUAACAUGGGUGAUCAGGGUAUCUCUGUGGGCUGUUGGGAUACGUAUCGCCACGAUAUCGACUGUCAGUGGGUUGAUGUGACGGAUGUUCGGCCAGGAGACUACAUCUUUCAGGUGGAGGUUAACCCCUCGAUGGACAUGGCUGAGUCUGACUUUAUGAACAAUGUCAUGAGAUGUCGGUGCAAAUAUGACGGCCACAGAGCUUACAUGUAUGGAUGUCAUGCGGGUGACGCAUACAGCGCAGAGAUCGAGGACCUGUUUGAACACCAGAGGCAAAUCACCAACAACUUUGUGUAGCCCAUCCCAGGGCCCAGCGCGAAGGCCUUCCAGUGGGGCCCAGAGACUACUCAGGGUGGGCUGAGGUCGAUGGCCCCAGGCCCUUGGGACCUUAGGACCCACAAUAACAGACAACACACAAAAUGGCGCCUGUUCACCUCCUUGGCAGAUGUGGAUAAAACACUCACAAGCACAUCAUAUCACAGCAGCGACCAUUGCAGAGACUUCAUUGACAACAAGAGUGGAACAGGUGCCAGACGGCUCAACAUGUUUUUAACUCUAGUUAAGUAAGAAGAUAUUGGAUAUGGAUUCAAACUAUACUGAAUUUUGUGAAUGUGGACGACUAGUAACUUAAGGUAGUUAUUCAAAAACGUAUACGCAUGAAAGUAAUGUCGCUAUAACUAAUCUGUCACUAAGACAAUGAGGAAGCUGUCGGGAAAUCUCACUCCCAAAAUAGAAGAUAUGGAAAAAUGAGAAAAAUAAUAAUAUUGUGAAUUUGUGUAAUUUCUGUUGCAAAUGGUUGGAUUAAUGCACAUGCAGCAAAAAGUACUAUAAUUUGCUCUGUUGGCAUUAUUUUACCCAGAUUCUUUACUUGUUGAAUUUUGUAACUGUUGAGCUUUUACAUUACUUCAAUAUUGGUGCUCUCUAACAAUACUGUAUGUCAUUAUAUUAACCUCACUACGUUUCAGGUGAACAGUGUUGUACAAUGCAUUUUGGUUUUAUUUUACAGUUAAUGAGGUAUUUUAUCAUUGCUUUGGUUUUAACAAAAUCAUUGUUUUAUAAAAGUGUAGUCGUGCUACAGCGUUUUGCUUCUCAUCUAGAAUAGGUAAGAAGAGGUCAAAUGAUUUUUAUGGAACAAAGCACUUUAUCUUUUAUACAUCAGUAUUCCAGUUUUGUCCAUUUUUUUUAAAAUCAGCCACCAAUUUGACUUUUUAAGAUGUAUAUCUAAAAA